UACCCUUUCGCAGUACUUUUGAUAAGAUUUUUAUCUCACCAGAUGAAAAGCUUUAUUGCAGCUAUUUUUCCUUCCUGGUAGCAAGUUAAUGACCAGCUAAAAGGCAGUCUGUCCCCUUAAUGAUUGGCUUAUAUGAACAAUAGGUCUUCCCGCCUUAACGGACUGUGCUGCUCGCUUUGGCUGGCCUAGUUGCGGUAGUGGACGACAUUUGAAACUGCGAGCAAAAAGCUAUCGGAAAGGGCAAUAAGAUUUAAUUACUGGCAUUGAAUGAUAAUGAUGGAAGCAUUUCUCUUCGCUGUUGACACAUCCGUCACACAAACCGAACGGGGAACAAAAUUUUCCUAGCCACAGCUUCACUACAACGGGAACACAGCCAUUUGAUUCGAAAGCCCUGGAAUCAAAGCUGUUUCUGAUUGGUUUAAAUCGUUUAAUUAACGAUCAAGCUCAACGGCGCAUGAAUUUCACUCCCGUGAAAAUAAAGUUGAGCACAAAAGGGGACAGACUGCCUUUAACCUUCCUUCCCAACACCGGCACUUGGUGGACUAUAUCAAGUUUACAGAAGUCUUCCUUGAUGAACAUAUCGCUCAUCUUUUCAAAUCAAUCUUUCCAAAGCUUACAUUUCUCCUUUUAUUUCCUUUUAUUGUUUUUUCGUUGCCUUCCUCUUCAUUCUCUGUUUCAUUCCCUCCUUUCCCUUUUUCCCUGUUCUCUCUUCCUGGGAAAUUGAACAUUGCAAGUUAUGUCUUCCUGGCAGCACCGCUACUACGCUACUUCCUUUUUGGGCCCUGGUAACAUCAAUGAAAAGUUAGUAAUCUUAUAUCAAUCAUUGAUACAACAGCUGCAGUAUCCAAUUCAUUUCCAAAAGCCCAUAAAAGUAUCCUCAUCAGUUUGCUACUACAUGGAAAUUCAAUCUUUUGGUCAUAUUUCCGCAUUAACCCAAUAUUCGGAUAGAAACAAUAUAUAGUGUGUCACCAGUAUUAAGCACUUGUUCAAGUUUACUGAAUACACACCAUUAUAGGAAAACAACUCUCCUAAAAAGCCCAGCAACCAGAUGAUUGUAUUGCUUUCCAAACAUGGAAAUCUUUACAUUAUAUGGUAAAUUCUAUCAACAGUUAUAGGUGAAUGCGACGAGAACACCCUUCUGAUCAGUCUAUCUCUAUAGGUUUAUGACUAAAAUUGAACAACGCAUUCAAAUUAAAACCGCUAAAGGCAAGGUGCCAAUUAUCUUUAAAGCUGUUAUCGACGACUUGUUCAUAAGUCUAAAUAGCAUUACAGAGUUCCUUCAACAACGUCCAUGACUAGAUGAAAAUCGAAGCUGCACAUUCACAAACCAGGGCUAACCCUUUGGGAAUUGUGCAGCCUUCUACAAUGAAAAUAACAAGGACAUUUCUUUUAAAUGAUGCUAUCUUCCUUGAUGAAAAACAAGUAAUUUGUAUAGAACUGUUCACGGAUUUCUAAAGCCUAUGAAGCAUAUAACAGUUUAGUUUAGAAACACCUGUUAAACUGAAAUCUACUUCCCGCGAGUAGCAAUACGUUUCUAAAAUGCUUGUUCAAAUUUACAUAAUUUAGAUAUGGAGGAAAGGUUCUUUACUUUCAAUUGAAGAGUAGAAGGGGGCGAGCUUAUCAAUAUAUGCAUUUUUAGAAGCUAAGCUCCACCCAAGUAUUAUCCAUUCAUGGCUUGAUCUCUUGAAGGUCUUUCGUAUAAAGAAUUUUUUCGCAAAUAACGCUCCCAUGAAAAUAAAAGUAAGCAUUUUUAACUUUAUAACUUUAAAAGAACUUAUUAUAAAGUUUUGUUUAUCAUUGUUUUCUAUAUAUUAUGAUAUUUAUAUACAUGUAUUAAUAUAGCAAAUAUUAAUUGCAAUAAUUGACGAUAUGCUAAAAAGAACCACGCACUUAGUCUUUAAAUGACCAGUGCAAAUCGAAUAAAAAAAUAUCUAUGAAUGCACGAAAGGCAAAAGUAACCUUCAUACUAAAACAGUCAUUCUUACGAAGAGAAGCAACACUAAGUCUCAGUUUUCCAUAGAAUAGCAUAACUGGCGAAUAAAAAAGAAAUGAACAUUUGUGAACCGAAAAACAAGAUAAGAAGUUUAGAGGGAGCAAAAUGAAGAUUAAAGCAACAAUUAAGACCUUUUACAGUCAAGGAAAGAAAAAAUAAGGCUGUAAAAACCCAUAAUCCUUUACGAUGUUUAAUGUUUGAAUAAAAAAUAGGUUGUUCCUUUCGGGGCUCACCUGCAUAUUGUAUAAAGAUCAAGCCUAAUGUCCAAUAUAUUUCUUAGAGAUUUCAAGUCAUUCGUUGGCAAUAUAUCUCUUAUAUACACAUAAUUUUGUGUUUUUAUAGAACAGUAAAUUUUAAACUCGUACUUUGAAUAAAAUGGUAAAUUUUUAAUUCGUUUUUGUAUAAAAUAGUAAAUUUUUAAUUCAUUUUUGAAUAGCAGGUACACCUAAAAAUGGUACAUAGCUCCCACCAUAUAUCAGUUACCUACCCCUUCUCUGAGUUUUAUAUGAAAGGCUUUGGUUUCCCCAAUUAUAGACGUAGCUCACAGAGAAAUUUUUUUCAUGUAUCGAGUUUUAGUCGUAACCAUUUCGUAACUAUUGUGUUUGCGGCUACAGUGACUAAAUAUAGAGUAACCAAGUGAUGACAUCACAAAAUUUUUUUUUCGUAAUUUUUGAACUUGAAGAUACAUCCUGACCCUGGGUAGCAGACUCAGUGAGAAAUACGAUCACAUGGGUGCAGACUCCCACCCUCCCCACCCCCCCUCCGCCAUCGAACCACUGAAAUUUGGCCUUGGUUUUUGAGCUUAUAAACCUUUUGAAAUUACAAAUCUUUCAUCGGCCUUUAUCGCGGGAAAUUUUAUGAAAUUUUAAAAGCUAUUUUCAUGACGUCAUCACUUUGCCACUCUAUUGAGUAAUCAUUAGCUACAUACCAGUUGCAUUGACAGAUUACAGUUGGCAGAUGAUUGACAGUGUGAAUGGGAUCGAGGUAUACAGAAACGAGACUCAACUGUUAUAUCUAUGCCUUCUUUAGCUCCGCAUAAAUUGUCUUGGUAAGGUUAUGUUACUGUCAUUAGUGGGUAGACGUUACAACGAUUGCAACUUGAACAGACUUUGCAGCACAAUCAAUUCACCAGCAAAGAGUUUCAUCCUGCAAGAGUAAGUGCUGUUUUCUUAUUCUGUACAACUUCGAAGACAUUUUUUUGCGGAAAUCUUUGCUAAAAAAUUAAACUUAAAAACUCAUGUACAAGCCUGACAAAUGUUUUUUUUGGUUUCAUGCAUCCACUAUUUUCAACUAUAGGAACAAUUCCGAAAUAUAAAUAGUUUGUUUACUAAGCAAACAUUUAUCGUUAUCGUUUCUCUACGAGCUCAUUUGAAAAAAAAAUCUACAGGUGAAGACAUCAAAUAUAGCAGGUGAACCUAUGUAGCUAAAGCAAAUAUUUUUGCAGGGGCUUUAAUUUUGUUUUACUCUGUUGGCUGUAAACUCUUGGUUUUGGUAACGACAUUCCUCGAAUGCUCAAAUUUACUUUAAACUGAUAAACCAAAAUUAUCCUGAAACCUCAAAUAGCCGAUUGAGAAAAGGAGUUGAGUUGAUAAGCUCUGCCAUUUUCCACCGAAAUGGGAUCAUGUUGCAGUAUCUACUUCAAAUCUCCUGGAAGCUCGUUUCAAAAUGUAGUUGGCUAUGCUAGCCAAGAUGACAACACAGAUCUAAAUUCUAAAGCCCUUAUCCUUGGCACUUCUAACUCUGGGAAGUCGACAGUAUUCAGGCAGAUGCAAAUUUUAAACACAGAAGGCUUUUCAAAGGAGGAGCGACAGAUGUAUCAAAGGAUCAUUUCAGAGAACAUCAUCAGCUCUAUUAAUAAAUUAAUUGCCAAAUUUGAAACCACUAGGACAUCCCUAGUCAAUGAAAAUACUGGCCAAGCAAUCGAUGAGUUUAAGCAGCUUAUGGCAAGUAGAAGCUUCCCUCUUGAUUUAAGCGAGGAAAGACAAUUGCUGGCGCUGUCUCAAAGAAUUUGGUCGGAUUCUAUGAUACAGGAAAUUUUUGAGCUCUGUAGAGACCAGCUAGAAUGCCCUGAGAGUAUGGCAUUUCUGCUAAGUGAAAUCGAUGUAAUAUGCUGCGAGGAUUUUGUUCCUUCCAACAAGCAUAUCCUGCAUUCUCGCUUGAGAACAACUGGAGUACGUACAUUGACCUUUUUCUAUGAAAAAGUGCCAAUUCAGAUCAUCGAUGUCGGUGGACAGCGAUCAGAGCGUCGCAAGUGGAUACACCACUUUGAUGAUGUUGAGUUGCUACUUUUCUGUGCUGCAGUAAACGAAUUUGACAUGGUGCAUUCAGAAGAUAAUACAAGAACAGCAAUGGAGGAAAGUUUGGAGGUUUUUAGAUCUAUCAUAAAUUCUCCUUGGUUCCAAUCCAAAACAAUUGUUUUAUUUCUGAACAAAGUUGAUUUGCUGCAGGCAAAGCUUGCCAAGGUAGAUGUUACCGACUACUUUCAUGAUUUUGACGGGGAUCCGAAAAGCGAAAAAGAUGUUCUUUUAGCCAUCAAGACAAGAUAUCUGAGUUGCGAUAAACAGAAAGAGCGCAAAAUUUUCACCUUUAAUACUUGCGCGACCAACACAGAGAACAUUGGGUACGUUUCGAAGGCUUGCUUUGACACAUUGCUGCGAAACCGACUUGCUGUGGCAGGGCUAGACUAAGCUGACGAGUGGACUUUGUUAGCAGCAUCGAUAAUGGAGUUUUUCAUUACCAGCUAAACCACAGUCUUAGUUGCCGCUCUAGUGCAAAAGCAAAUCACUUUGGGAUUGAUAAUUGUUACCUAGCCUGCUAGCAAGGAACUAAAUUGCUGACCUUUCUGAUCAAAACUUACCAAAAUUAACUUCAAAUAGUGGGGAAGUCACUUAUUUACAACGAUUCAAUUCAAUGAUGUUACCACAUUGUUUAAAAUGAUUCAAUUCAGUGAUGUUACCAAAACAGUAGGGGCUGCUCGCAGGCUCAGCAACAUCUGCUAUAAACAGGUACGAUUUCAACUUCUCUCAUAUAAUGAGGUGAUUCAGAACAAUGAUAAUACUUCUGGUUUUCAAAAUGAAGCAUUUUCUCACUGCAGCCUGGACAGAUUUUUUCUUGUCUUUUCAAUUUUGGUGUUUGGGGCAGCACCAUAGAACAAUGAUCAAGAAUGAAUCCUACGCCUACUGGGAUCAAUAGUGUGCAUCUUAAAAGAUUGAUACCUUGCAGUAAAGUCCAUAAUGCUAAAGAAAAUUAACGCUGUACAUAAAUUAACUUGUACUGAAAAAUUGCGUCGAUUAAAACCUAAUCCCGGGUACCAGAGCCACAUGAAUCGAGUACUGAAAUAGAAGAUAGGAGCGGAGAAGCAGAGGAGAGUCAUCUGAGAAAAAGGAAAAGUCAGAUAGAUAAUAUAAUCCUCCACCUCUGCGCUCCCUUUUCUAUUUCCUAGCUCGGAAAUUUGUGGCUCUGGUACCAAGGGUAAUUAAAACCAUGUUAAGUUGUGUCCAAUGUUAAUUUACUACUCAUUAUAUGUGCAGCGGGGUAGAAGAGAUUUUAAAUGAUGCGCUGGAAAGCAAAAAUCUUUGAAACUGAAUUCAUUCACACAUGUCAAUGAAAAUAAUUUUUAUGCUUUUUCAUCAGACCUUGUUAACUCUGAUGGCCCGAAACCUGGAAAGAGAUUGUCUCAUUCAUAUUAUCUUACAUCCAGGGGCGGAUUCAGGGUGUCGCACAGGUCGCACGGAAGACCGUCAGAUUUUCAGAAUUUAGUUUUAGUCUUCAGUCAUUAAAAUAAGGCAAUCAUGUUUACCACAAUCUUUUAUUUCCCACCUUACAGAUAAUACAUUUACCUCUCUUUACACAAUAAACACAGGACCGAACCUUGGUCGACCCCACACGCAAUGCCACAAUUUAAUUCAAAGACCAUCCUAGACCGUAAACAGUAUGAUUUUUAGGCAUGUCGCCCGUGCCGCACAAAUAUGCAGGGCUCUUUGUUCUGCAAAUAUUUUACCAAAUCUCACCAAUCAAAAUUCAAGUUUUCACAUAUUUGUGCGGCACGAAAAGUCUGUAAACACUAUGUUAGAUUACUGUGCCGCACAACUGCUGGCACAGGAAGAAAGUGGACGAGGUUGAAAGUUGUGAAGGAGAAAAAUCCCAAUUUUCUUUAUUCAUGCGGAAGAGGUGCACAGGAAGUAUGCACUUCUGAAUCUCAAGAUAUUUUGUCUCAACUGCGUGUUUGGAUUUGCUGGAAAAUUUGGAAAACCUUUUAAAAGGGAAAAAUUUUUGACUGAACAAUUUGAACGUUUCAGGGCCCCAGUCCCGUCGCCACCCUCAAAACUACUACAAGGUCUGCAAACCUCGUUGGUGAGGCAACUCCUAAAGAUAAGGGCGUCCGUUAAGGCGUUUCAUCAAUCAAAGUGUAUCAGUCUUGCUUAGCGGGACAAAUCGCAUUUAGAAAGUUGACGCUUACAAGACAUGAAAAUAAUAUUCUAGACGAAAAAUCGAGAUGACUUUCUUGAAAAAAGGUGAAAUUAUUCCUUUUAUUUAUAGUGGUUGCAAUAAUCGACAUUGUGAGCUUUAGGGUUUUUGCCCUUGAAAUUAAACCUAGUUGCUCUGGUUCCGGGGGGAGGAGGGGGGCUGGGUCCCUAUCGUGGCUCUACCCUUGACCACGAGGGAGGACCCCUAGACCGCCUGCUGGGUACUGUUUAUGUGCGACCGUCAACUUUUAUUCUGUAUCCGCCCCUGCUUACAUCAACUGAAAGUAUAUUAAGAUUUGAUAAUCUAAUGUAUGCAUAAUUUUGGAUCCUGUAGAAACAGACAGUCUGAAAAUUACCUACAAUCGGUGCAGAUUGUUAUCUGAUAGAAGUUUUUUUAACACGGGUUGAGCCCGGGUUCAAUAGUAUAGUGUAACUAGGGCUUUUUGGACAAGAAUGCUCUAGGCCAGUUUUAGAGGUAGAAUUAGAGGUAGAAAUCACGAAUCAUGAUGUUAUUCAUGAAAAUGAAAUUUUCUGCAGGGAAUUUAAGCAACUUUGUCUCGUGUCACUUCUGUUUCAUUUAAUUCUAAACGGCUGCACAGCCGUUAAAUUUGUAAAUAUGGAUUGAGAAUUGACGACUUUUGACUAUCAGAGUUAAAAUCCAGUUUAUCUGUCCAAUUAUCGCUUUUAAUUACAGUUUCUUUUCCAGGGACAGUCCUUACUUUAUCUGGAUGCCAAAAAAGUUAGCAUUCUCAAGUUUGCAAUACCCUUUUGCUCUCAGUUUUAAAAAAAUAUCUUAUUCAAAUCACUAAAGAUUUUCGGGGCCUGGUAGCUGGACCUUAAAGAUGGUUCCAAGGUUGUCUGUAGGUUGUCUAUUUUGUGAUAGACACAAAGCCGAAUACGCAAAGAUAACUGUCCCUUCUACAGGAUCAAGGGAUUUUCUCUAUGAAGUUGUAAUCCAUAGAAAACACGAGUAAAUGGAAAGCAGGGCACGACGCAGGGCCUCUGGCAACGGCCCUACUUUUUACAAAGCAAAAGAGUUUUGUGAAAUGCCCUUGCCCCACCCCUUCUCCCACUUUCCAAAAUGUGUCAGAGCCCCUGCAACGGGAAUCAAGUCUCACUGGAUACAUAUAAAAUGACUCUUUUUUUAAUCAAAAAGUCACUACGCAUACAGAUUUUAAAAAUUUCACUUCUCAUAAACUAAAGAAAGAAUUUGAACAAUAUUUUCAAAAACAAUUUUCUCUGUAUUCUCGAAUGGCUCAAAAUGUCACUGCUUUAACCCAGCCCGGACUAACUGACAGGUCUUAUAACUGGGAAGCUCCACGUAUUGGCUGGGUAUACUUUACUUUAAUGGUCUUCCAAAUCAGUAUGAAAAUUUCUGGUAACUUAGAUUAAAAAGGAUUGUGGUUUUGAGAGGAUCUAUUUGAAAAUUAAUUUGAAAUCUAGGCAUUUGUCACAAAAAGCACAGUAUCAAAUACACUCAUUUUUCUUAUAAGAUACAAAGGUCGAUGUUGAGUACUCCAGUUUCUUAAUGUUCUGGAAAUUGCAAUACUCAUUGUUUCUUAAGAGUUUCUUAAUUAUGAUUUCAUGAAUGAUGUUAUGAAAUGUUCGUGACCUUUUUUAUCACAUCAAGAAAUUCGCUUCCGUUCCGAUGCUGUAUUUAGAUGUGGGAAGUAUAUUUUUACCCCUUGUGUCUUAAGUUCUAGGCCAACAGGGCAAUCUUGUUCUUGGAUUUUACAAAAUUUCGUUGUCCUCAGUUCUAUUAUGAUUUAAUAGCUUCUUAAUUAUUUUGCUUCGAGUACUGAAGUUUCUUAAUUUUUUCUGUCCAGUACUCGUUUCUUAUAGCCAGUUUCUUAUAAACAAAUUAGUGUAAAUCAAAUGUUUCUGUCUGCUCAAUGAUUGAAAUAUCACUGAAACCUCCAUGACAAAUUGAGCUCAAUGACUGCAUUAAUCAAUCAGCAAUAAAAAGCUACAUAAUCGACAUAUAAUUAUUAAUUUAUCAAACCCAGAUGCACUUAUGUGAGCUUAAGGGCAUGCAAUAAUUAAAUUUUACACCUUAUCAAUUUUACACCUUAUCUUAAUGACUUUCACAAGGUGUUCAACUUAACUGUUGACUGUUUUUUCAUUCCAGGCUAUUUGGAUCCAUGUUGCUAAUGCUAUUGUUCAGGAAAGAUAGCUUUUUUGAUGCAUAUUCAAAUUCUUAUGACAAAAGUAGCAGCCGACAGAACA